AUUCCAAACCAAGAAGAGGAGACCAAAAUUCUCCUGGGCCUGCCUCCUGACAGAAUCGGACAUGGAACAUUUCUCAACUCUGCAACAGCAGGUUCGGAAGAGUUAGUGCCCCUUGUUCGACAGAAUCAUAUACCCAUUGAAUUUUGCAUGACAUCAAACAUCAAAACUCAGACAGUGCCUUCCUGUGACAAACACCAUUUUGGAUACUGGUACAGCAUGGGCCACCCUGCAGUGCUGUGUACUGAUGAUAAAGGUGUCUUUGCAACAGAUCUAUCACAAGAAUAUGAGCUGGUUGCAAAAACAUUUAAUCUGACUCGAUCACAGAUGUGGGAUCUUUCCUAUGAAUCAAUCAACUAUAUCUUUGCUCCAAGUGUAGUGAAAUCAAAGCUAAGGGAACAGUGGUGUAAACUGAAGCCAACUCUGUUUGAUUAA